AUGGAGGAGCUGUACAGGAAUGAGGAGCUGAAAUGGGAUGGGAAGGAGGAGCUGUACAGGAAUGAGGAGCUGAAAUGGGAUGGGAAUGAGGAGCUGAACUGGAAUGAGAAGGAGGAGCAGAACUGGAAUGGGAAUGAGGAGCUGUACAGGAAUGAGGAGCUGAAAUGGGAUGGGAAUGAGGAGCUGAAAUGGGAUGGGAAUGAGGAGCUAGCUCCACACGGCUCCACAGAGNGCCGCCAGGACCAGCCUUUCGCCUUCUCCCCGCUGCACCCCGAGCCCCGCGAGGCGGCCUGGGGCGGCCUGGAGAGGGCCCAGCAGAGGGACGAGCACAGGUUCAUCCCGUCCCCUCCCAGCCUGGCCCUGCAGGAAGAGCUCAAGGUGUCCACCAAGGCCGUGACCCUCAGCAACCACCUGGGCAGGGCCAGGAUGGAGGAGAGCGCCCGCCUGGAGGGCAAACCCACGCAGGCCGCGGCUCCUCUGGGCUUCUCCUCGGAGCUGGCCAAGGACAAAGCGCCCGAGGACGCCAGGAAGGAGGACAAGAAGGCCAAGGGAGGCUUCUUCCACCACGGGGGAGCCCGGAGCGACACGGGGGGCAAAGGCCAGGGGGACAGAGGGACCCCCGUCCACGCCUCGGCUGCGGGGGAUGACGGGAGUAAGAACAGCGGCUGGUUUGGGUCCAAGGAGCCCAAAGAGUCACCCCAGAAAGCCAGCCCCCACCCCGUGAAGCCCCUGAGCGCUGCCCAGGACGGCUCCAGCGACAGGAGGCAGCAGCACAGGGCCAGCCUGAGCUCGGCGCUGAGCAAUGGCCUGGAGAGGCUGAAGAUGGUGACCACGAGCAGCGUCCAGCCCGUGGCCCCGGCCCCGCAGCCCGACAAGAGCGAGCCCAAGUUAAAGCAGGAGCCUGGCCAGCUGGACCAGUCAGCCAAGUAUUACCACCUGACCCACGACGAGCUGAUCCAGCUGCUGCUGCAGAAGGAGGGCGAGCUGAGCAAGAAGGAGGAGCACAUCCACGAACUGGAGAACUACAUCGACCAGCUGCUGGUGCGCAUCAUGGAGCAGUCCCCCACCCUGCUGCAGAUCCCUCUGGGCGGGGGCCAGGCCCCGUGAGGCCGCCAGGGCAGCGGUAGCCAGCAGAGCUCUGCCAGUAGCCACGCUGCCAGCACCCCGCUCCCCCUCCUCCCAGCAGGGCCUCCUGCUCCCAGAGUCAGCAGGAAGGGUCAUCUGCUCCUCCCCAGGCCGAGCUCCCUCAGCUCAGCUCCAGGGAGCCGUGGGGUAGUGGAUGGGCUGGCAGCACCCUGCGGGGAGGAGCAGAGCCCUGGAGCCUCCCUGGUUCCCGUCACUGCCCAAGUGCCACCCCCCUGCCACAGCUUUAAGUGACCCAUGGACACCUGAGGGCUGGAAACAUCUCCCUGUGAGUGCAUCCUGCUGCUGCUCCCCUGCCCACACUCCUCCUCUCUCCCCUGGGCUGGUGUCCCCUGGCCUGCUGGGUGGCACUGGGGACACUGGGACCAGUGAGGCUCCCCCAGCCCGCUCCUGACCAGAGCUGUGGGACACCCAGGGAAGGGAGAAGAGCCAGCUCCAGUCUGUGCCACUCCCUGAGCCCGGGGAGAGCUGCACAGGAGCAGCACUGAGGGCUGGGGGUGCUGGCAGAGCCUGCUGGGCCACGCUGGCACUGUCCCAGCACCAGUGACCCCACUGCACUGGGAAUAUGGGAAAGGGAAGGUGGGAUGGUGCCCCAGGAGAUCCUCUGCAUCCCCCACCCAGCACGGGGCUGGUGUGCCCUGGAGGGAUGAGGAGUGCAGGAUCCAAGCUGGAUUUCCACUCAGUAUUCCCAGGAAUGGCUGCCCUGCCCUGCCUCUGCCUGGGCUGUCCCAGCACAGCAGGAAAAGGGCCCUGCAGCGAGGUCUGGGGGUCUGACCCCUCUGCAGAGCCCCUGCGGGCUCAGGCACCCCAAACACUCCUGGCACAGCCCACAAUUCCCAAACCCAGAGCCCAGCCUGCUCCCCUGAUCCCAUCCACGCUGGAUCAGCUCUCUGGGCCUGGCCUCAGGGGCAGCUCUGAGCCCUGAGUGAGCACCCAAAGGGCUCAGAUUUACCUGGCUGAGCGACUCAUGUGGGGGUACUGAGCCAGGGGAUGGGAAGGAUGUUGUUCCCUCCCUCCUCCUGCCAGGAUUUUGGCUGGAGACGGUGCCUGUGCAGGCAGAGGGGCCAUUGGAGUGGGAUUUCAGCAUGAAAGGCACCUUCUCCCUCUUCUCUGUCUCCCACAGUCACUGGGUUCUUGUCAAACCUCCCUGCUCUGCUCUUCACUUGCUUCAAUCCAGGCCAUGACUUUGAAGAAUGGUGCCUUUUGCCAUAGGCCAGUAGCAGUUUCCUACCCCAAAAAGGCUCUGAAAUGCAAUUCUCAGUCCCACACACCCUGCCUGGGGCAGGUUCCUCCCGUUUUCCUUCUCAGCCAAGAAAAGGGAGUUAACUGUUCCCCACUGGCUGUGCAGGUGCCCUGGGUCCCUGCAGGAGCCCUGCACAGCUCAGGGCAAGGACAGAGAUCAGGAGCUGGCAGGGCAGGGCAGGCUGAGUGUUCCUGGAUAGAAUACAGCUGGAGACAGGCAGUGUUGGGGCAGGAGAAAAGGAGCUCUGCUCCUGUCCUCUUGGACCCUGCAGCAGGAGGAGGAGGAGGAGGAGGAAGAGGAGGAAGAGGAGGAGGAGGAGGAAGAGGAGGAGGAGGAGGAUUUGCUCCCUUGGAGAGCACCAGCCACCAACCUCCCUCUCCUUCCUGCCUCUCCCUGCUGGGAAAUCCCUGAGGGUUUGCACUGCUCCAGCUGCUGCUCCUGUGUUUCUGUUCCCUGCGGUGCUGGGGUGGGCUGGGAGUGCCCAAGGGAAGAGUUUCUCCCGUUUCAGGAGGUGCCAGGACCCUCCGAGCCCUGCCUGCAGCCCAGCCCCUCUCUGGGUGCCCCCCAUGUCCCUGCGAGCUGCAGGAGCUCAGGAGGAGCUGUGGGCACGGGAAUGGGUGCUGGGAAAAGGGAGACAGGAAUUCUCAGGAGGGCAUUGAUGGGAGAGCUGCAGAGCCAACAUCUCCCAGGGAGCUGGGGCUGCACACAGACAGGAAUGGUGUCGGUGCUCCCCACACAAGUGCCAAUGUUUCUGUGGAUCCCAGGCACCUCCUUCCCAGCCAUCCCUCCUCUCCCAUCGUGUCUCACCGCCUCCCUCAGCCCCCUCUGCCUUAGUCAGCUCUGCCUUGUUUUGCUCCAAAAGCCUGAAUGUUUUGCACUUGAAUAUCAAAAGUUACUCUCAGAGCUCAGCAGGUUGUACCAGGUGUGCAGCCCUGCCAGCAAUAGGUGCUUCCACAUCUCCUGGUUUUAGCAAUAGCUCUUCUGUUCCCUCGUCUCCUGUUCCCAGCAAUUCCUGUUCCCUGCUUCCCUGCCUUCCCAGCAGUGGGUGCUUCCACAUCUCCUGCUUCCAGCAAUAGGUGCUUCCACAUUUCUUGCCUUUCCAGGAAUUCCUGUUCCCACAUCUCCUGCCUUUUCAGCAAUUCUUGUUCCUUCAUCUCCAGCCUUUCCAGCAAUUCCUGUUCUGUUCCCUCAUCUCCUGCCUUUUCAGCAAUUCCUGUUCUGUUCCCUCAUCUCCUGCCUUUUCAGCAAUUCCUGUUCCCUCAUCUCCACCUUUCCAGCAAUUCUUGUUCCCUCAUCUCCAGCCUUUCCAGCAAUUCCUGUUCCCUCAUCUCCUGCCUUUUCAGCAAUUCUUGUUCCUUCAUCUCCAGCCUUUCCAGCAAUUCCUGUUCCUUCAUCUCCACCUUUCCAGCAAUUCCUGUUCUCUCAUCUCCUGCCUUUUCAGCAAUGGGUGCUUCCAUAUCUCCUGCUUCCAGCAAUAGGUGCUUCCACAUUUCUUGCCUUUCCAGGAAUUCCUGUUCUGUUCCCUCAUCUCCUGCCUUUCCAAUAAUUCCUGUUCCCUCAUCUCCUGCCUUUCCAACAAUUCCUGUUCCCUCUUCUCCCGCCUUUCCAACAAUUCCUGUUCCCUCUUCUCCCGUCUUUCUAGCAAUAGGUGCUUCCCUCAUCUCCUGUUUCCAGCCACACCUGUUCUAUUCCUCAUCUCCUGUUCCCACCAUUCCCUGUUCCCAUCUCCUGUUUCCAUCAUUCCCUGUGUUCCCAUCUUGUGUUUCCAUCAUUCCCUGUUCCCAUCUCCUGUUCCCACCAUUCCCGUUCCCAUCUCCUGUUCCCACCAUUCCUGUUCCCAUGUCCAUCAGUCCUGCCCCUCGUGUCCCCAGGAUCCGUGUGUGUCCUGUCUCUCCGCGGGAUCCGCGGCGGAUCCGAGCAGGGCUGGAUGUUCCGUGCGCGUCCCGGAUUUCUGGGCAGCCCCGCGGUUCCUGCUGCCAUCUCUCAGUCUCUGCUCUCUCCUUUUCCCUCCCCCUGUGCUGAGAGUUUGGGGUUCCCCUUCCCUCUGUGCUGAGAGUUUGGGGUUCCCCUUCCCCUGUGCUGAGAGUUUGGGGUUCUCCUUCCCCCUGUGCUGAGAGUUUGGGGUUCCCCUUUCCCUGUGCUGAGAGUUUGGGGUUCCCCUUCCCCUGUGCUGAGAGUUUGGGGUUCUCCCUCCCCCUGUGCUGAGAGUUUGGGGUUCCCCUUCCCCUGUGCUGAGAGUUUGGGGUUCUCCCUUCCCCUGUGCUGAGAGUUUGGGGUUCCCUUCUCCCUGUGCUGAGAGUUUGGGGUUCUCCCUUCCCCCUGUGCUGAGAGUUUGGGGUUCUCCCUUCUCCCUGUGCUGAGAGUUUGGGGUUCUCCCUCCCCCUGUGCUGAGAGUUUGGGGUUCUCCCUUCCCCCUGUACUGAGAGUUUGGGGUUCUCCCUUCCCCUGUGCUGAGAGUUUGGGGUUCCCCUCCCCGCAGGUUUUGGGCUGUGCAGAAGAGCUCACAGCAGCCCCUGGUGUUGGUGUUGAACCUCCACGUUCCAAGGGAAUUGUUUUGGGCACCCAAAGCUCCUCAGGGAGGGAGGGGACGAGGAGGAGAACUGGGGGAAUGUUCUCGAGUUGCCCAUCUGGGAUUUAUGUCCGUGCUGAGUGAGUGAAUCUCUGUGUUCAGUGAUUUAUUUGGGAUCCCUGGGCAGGAGCAUCCUGAGCUCUGUUCCUCUCUGCUGAGCCCAGCACACCCCAGAGGUUUUCUGGGCCAGCAGCAGCAGCUUCCCCCUGUUCUGUUUGAAGAAUUUCCCGUGGUUUCUCUUUGUGCCACUUUGUUUUCCCCCGAGCCUGAGCAGGGCUCUGCCCUGGCUCUCAGCCCACAGCUGCCUUUCUGCUUCUCAAGAACUUCACCCAAUGAUUUCUUUUCCCCUUGCCUGGUCCUGCUGGCCACGCCUGGGCCAGAAGAACCACCCAAGGUUUAUCCUCAAACUGGAACAAACCCAAAGGGAUGUGGAUUCUGCGCUGGGACGUGGACUCAGCCUUGUCUGGGAAGGAACCGCCGUGUUUGGGGCUAAAAACCUGGAAAAACAUCCCCAGGUGGGAGAAGCGUCAGGGUUUUUCAGAGUUGUUGGUUUCCCCGUUCUUCACGUCCGCAGGAAGUGGGUUCUGUGCGUCUCAUGUUUGAAGAGUUGCGACUAAUGUUUAUAAAGAGCUUGUUAUUUACGUUUUAAGCACUUUAAAAAAAAAAAAAUAAAAGUUGUUCAAGCUGUUCCUA